GGGCCAGCGGGUCCGCAAGCACCCCCAGGAGUCGGACAACACCACCUUCAGCGGGGCGGAGGACAACUGCGACAGCCGCUCCCACCUCAGCAACGCCUCGGCGCCCAGCCAGCCGGAGGCCGGGCCCAGCUGCAAGCGCUCCAGGGCCUCCGACGAGUCCGUGGCCGAGCCCGAGACCUCCCACGACGGCGGGCGGGGCAGCCCCGAACCCGGCACCGAGGCCAGCACCAGCGAGAUCGAGCUGGUCUUCCGGCCCCACCCGCUCCUGGUGGAGAAGGGGGGCUACUCCCAGACCAGGUACGUCAAGACCACGGCCAACGCCACAGUGGACCACCUCUCCAAAUACCUGGCCCUGCGCAUCGCCCUGGAGGAGGAGGACCCCGACCCGGGCCCCGAGCCCCCCGCCCUGGAGGACGUGAGCGAGAAGCAGUACACCAUCUACAUCACCACGGCGGGAGGGGCCUUCACG